UUAUAUUACUAUCUUCGCUUCCGGUAAAAAUGGCCGGCAUGUCUUUCCUCGCUGCAGUUGUGAGAUCUCAAAACUUUGUUACAUUGAAAAUCGUUACCCAAGAAUUGCCUAAGAUAGCAUCAUGCUACCAGACAGUGCGAUGGAGAAAGGCAAGAUGGCACCCAGUGUCUGCCAGCAAGAAGUUCUAUGUUCCCAAACCUCAAGUGUUCCACCCUGAAGAUACGGCAGAGGUUAAGAAAAGGCUGCCAAUUUACAACACACAUCUGCGAGCAGUUAGGAAUUUCAUCACCAAAACUCACCAGGCUGACUUGGCAAGACGUGCCAUGCUGAAGGCUCAACAGACUGAUGAAGAAGAAGAGUUUGCCUGGAUCAUGGAGGAAAAUAACAAGUGGAAUUCCAAGGUGGCGGUCGUUAGGGAGAGCCGGCAAGAGGAAGAGCAAUUGAAAAUCCAAGCUAGACUGGAUCGUCAGGUGGCCAGAAGGAUUAAGCAGAAACAGAUGCAGGAGGCAAAGGCACUUAAAGUGAUUCUUGCAAAUAUUGAGGAAUCUAAAAAUUUCAUCACAGAAGAUAAUCUGGAUCAGGAGAUCGAGAAGUUGCUUAAUUCAAGAAAAGAUUAUAACUUUGCAAUAGACUCAUCUGGAAAACAAGUGACAGACUUUGACAAUCCUACUUUUCCUCCUAAAGACUCAUCUCCAGAGGGACAAACAGAUUCGCAAAGCUGAUACGUCAGUCUUGGCAUGUCGUGUGUGUGUAUGUGAUAGCCUGUGCUACGGAUCAGUUCAACGUUGUGAUUGUAGUUGUACCAACAUGAAGAGGAACACAUUAUUUAUGGAGAAACUAUUGCAUCUUACAUGGCAUUUGGAACUGUGGAUCUUCACAGUGGAAAUAUUUAGAUAAUUCUAUAUGCAAGUACAUUGUUUUUCUGUGAAAGUUUGUUGGUGUGAGAAUAUUUUUAGGUAUUGUUGUAUAAGAAAAGUCACCUGAAGGUCAGGAUAAUGAACAUAGGAAGGAUGUUUCCUGGCAUCAGUAAUUUGGAUGUGUUCAUAGUCAAUUCUUUAGCUGUGAAUACAUUCCUCCACGAUGAACAUUGUGCGAGGAGACUUAAUGGGGUUCAAACAUUUCUGGUGUCCCCCGCCAUGAUAUUGCUGGAAUAUUGCUAAAAGUGGCGUAAAAAGCAACUCACUCACUCACUCUUAAUGGGGUUCAACAUCACAUUCAUGAUUAUUGCACCUAGAGUAACAUGCAUGUGAGUGAGGCUGCUUGUCCUGAUCUGGAUGAAUGACAGCUUACUAAGAUACCCCACUCAAGACACAAAAUACUGAUGCUGCACCAAAUAGUGUUGUUGAUGCCAUGUGCCAGGCAGGGUAAGUACCAUCAUGGCACUUGUGUUGUCAUGGAUAAUGUCUUCGUAUGACACAGCUGGGAUUCAAACCCACCAUCCACCAGAUUACAGAGAGAGUUUGUGUGAUGCAUGAAACCUGAGAAGUAUUGACAAAGGGCACAUUCUUUUUUUUUAUUUCAUGAAAAUGGAUAAUGUGCACAUAUACAUUGUAUAUGAACAAAUGAGUGCAGUCUUCACAAUCUUGAUCAUAAUCAUAUGAACUGUACCUCAUCCAAUAUCAAUGAUUAAAGAUAACAAUAGAUA